CUAUUGAUCAUCUCUUCCUUUAUCUUCAUCUACUCUCGACAUGGACUCUCGUCAAAUCAAAGAGGAGAUCAAAUCCGCCUACGAUGAAAUCGCCCCCGUCUACCUGAACUGGACGCAAUCGUCUCACCAGAUCCGGCUGGCACAUCUCGACAUCAUGCUCAAACAGCUUGACUCUUCGUCUCCCUCCUCUCAGAAGAAUAUCCUAGAGCUGGGCUGUGGUGCUGGAGUGCCCUGUACGCAGGUCUUGGCGGCCCGCAAAGACAUCCACGUCACUGCCAACGACAUCUCCGAGACGCAGAUCGCCAUGGCCAAAGAGCAGCUCCUCCCAGCAUCUUCGUCUGUGGAACUCAUCCAGGGAGACAUGAUGGCCCUCGAAUUCGCUCCGGCGCAGUUCGACGCCGUGCUGGGCAUGUAUUCCAUCUUCCACCUGCCACGCGAUGAACAAACUACCAUUCUGGCGCGUAUCUUCCACUGGCUCAAGCCCGGGGGGCUCUUGCUGGCCAACUUUGCUGCUGAACCGUUUGCAAGCUUGUCUGAUCCCUCCUGGCUGGGGGGUACAAGGGGGGGGAUGCAUUGGAGCAGUUGGGGGAGAGACAAAAUCAAAACAAUCAUCACGGCUCUAGGGUUCGAGGUUCAAGUUGAUGAGGUGGUCGUCGAUGAUGAAGAGAAUGUUGCAUUUCACUGGGUUCUAGCUAGGAAGUAGUUAUUAGCUACGAUAUCAGAUUCUAUUGAUGAUUGAAAGAUGCAGGUAUAGUAUGAAACAUGGCAUAUAUUGAAUUUACUCUAUAUAUAUACAACUCUGAAUUCAGGUUGAAUAUGUUCUCUUAUUAUCUAGAAUAGUG